UAAAACAGAUAUGAAUGAAUAAGUGAGACCUCUCGAAAUAAAUCAUAAUAGAUGAUGGAUAUUAACGGGACGGAUUACAGUAGUUCAUACCAGAAACGUUUUGAACUAUCUGUUGCCAAUGACUUGCUGUUAAACCAACAUGAUCACAUUCAUCACCAUCAUGAUCACCAACAUGGAUCACCUCACACAAUUGGAAAUGAAGGCCUCUUCCUAAGUCAUUCAUAUUUGGGCAGUUUCAUCAUAUGCUUAGGAUUAUGGUGGUGGAUACAAGCAUUGAGAAGAUGUUAUGCAUCUUCGAAACGUAAUCAUCGUACUCAGGAAUAUACAGCUACCAUAUCAUAUCCAUCGUUUUGUUGUAAAAGUCGUCUCGGUGAAGCAUAUUGUAAGAUCAUCUUUUGUGUAAUUGGAAUAGGAGUAGAAUUGUUAACUCUGAAAUUUAACAGACAUCAUGAAUAUGCACAUUUCCCAUUUUAUACAGCAAUGAUUAUUGCCAGUCUCUUGGAUGUACUCAUCGCCACGAUCCUUGCACCACCAUAUGGUAUGGAUUAUGUUGCUCAUGCUCUACCAUUCUUUAUACAAGCUUGUUGUCUACGUGCUCAUUCCUAUCAACAACCACUUGUUACACAAACAUGUCGUCUACUGUUAAGUUAUUGGAGUUGGUUUACUGGUUCAUCGAUAGUCAAUGAAAUGUUACUAAAUAAAUCUAUAAUAUGGACAUGGAUUAAAUGUUUUGGGGUAAUUUUUCAAGGAACAUGGAUUUGGCAGACAGGUAUAUUAUUAAAUCCACCAUCUGGUCGAUUAUGGGAUGAAAAUAAUCAUAAUAGUCUUAUGUAUAGUGUAAUCAUAUUCGUAUGGCAUAUGUUUUUUGUUAUGAUCGGUCAAUUAGUUGUGUUACUCAUAGUGGCCAAGUGUUAUCAUACUUCACCUGAUUGGACACUAACUGAUCCAAUAUCCUUGUCCACUUCAUCAACAGUAUACAAACAUGAUAAAAUGUCUUCGAAUGGACAGAAUUCAAUCAAUUCCCAUGAUAAGAUUGAGUAUACAAAGCUACUCAACUCAGAUGAUGUUGAAAUGUAAUGAUUAUACUGACAAUAUUUUAAACUGAUGUUGAACAUUGAAAAUAGAUUUGUGUUUGUAUUCCUUUCUGUUAUGUAACGUAACUUUAAACAAUUAUUUUGAUUGAUUUGAAAAGAUAUUGAUAAAA